AAACAUUCAAUAGUCGAUCAUUGGUUUAGCAACAAUAGAACCGAGAAACUGUCGUUGCUUUCAAUAACGGCUACUAUAGUAUUCUGGUAUUUUGAUAGUUUAUAUAAGUCGACAACUAAUAAUUAAAGUCUAUCAUAAUGCCGUCAAAUGAUAAAUGCGUUUUAAGAUUUGUUAAGAUGACCGAUAAAGCCUUUACACCAACUAAGGGCUCGGAUAAAUCCGCAGGUUAUGAUUUGAAAAGUGCCUAUGAUCAUAUUGUGCCGGCUAGAGGUAAAGCUCUUAUCAAGACAGAUUUAUUAUUUGCCGUGCCAGAAGGUACUUAUGGUCGUGUAGCACCUAGGUCCGGUCUGGCCUUGAAAAAUUUCAUCGAUGUCGGUGCUGGUGUCGUCGACUCUGAUUAUAGAGGUGAAGUUGGAGUGGUUUUGUUCAAUCACAGCGACACAGAUUUUAUUGUUAAGCCCGGCGAUCGUGUCGCUCAGUUCAUAUGUGAAAAAAUUGCUUAUCCAGAACUUGAGGAAUGUGAAUCCCUUGAUAAAACAAUUAGAGGCGCAGGAGGAUUCGGUUCAACCGGAAUGAACUAAAACUCUAUUUAUUAUUUAUGAUAUAUUUUAACAUUAAUUUUUUAUAAAAUAAACUUGUUUUUGAUGUUUUUUACAAA